AUGGAGCAGGAUCAGCAAGGCUAUUCUUCAAGUCCAGGAGCUUGGGCGGAGUUGGUCAGCUCCUCGGGCGCACAAAGGUCCGAGCCCUAG